GUUCUCCUGUCAAAACUGCAGUGUAAAAUUUUCCCGUGAUGUGAUGUGAGAAACACAGCGCGACAUUUUGUUUGCCCGAAAAUAGUGCACUUUUUCCGGUUGAAAUUGUCGCAGAUCGCUCGGCCCGCCCCACAAUGGAGUCGUGGUGCCGGAUCUGCUCCCGGAGCGACGAGUUCCGGCGCUUUCCGCUGUUUUCCGUGGCGGACGUAAGCCAGGAGGUGAUUGCGAAAAUGAUCACAAGCUGCACGGACACACAGGUCUCGAGCGAGGACGGGCUGCCCCAGCAGAUAUGUCCGGACUGUUUGAUUACGCUGAGUUUGGCGUACUCGUUCCGGAGGUUGUGCCGCCGGACGGACGCAAAGUUUCGGGAGACGUUUGACCCAAGGGCGCCUGCGGAACAUAUGGCGACGGGAGGCAGCCAGCCGCGGCGAUCACAGUCACAGGUUGGCCUGGAUGAGAGUGGUGGUGGCGGGGUGGUGUACGAUUCCGUUCCGGUGAUUAAGGAGGAGGUUGAGUUUUACGAGUACGAGUGCAGUGCGCCGCCGCCGCCACCACCGGAGGACCAGUGGGUCAUUCAGAACCCGCGAACCAUUCACGAGGCGACGGCGGGAGCCAUGACCGUGCUGCACAAUCCGGGUGGCCAGUAUCAGGAAGAAGGAGGUGGCGUCGGCGAGCAGCCGGAUGUAGACGACAUGAUGAGCUCGAUGGUGCCGAUGGUUACGAUGGAGGAGGGCGGCGGCGGGAUCGAUCCGGCCGAGUACGGCGAAAGUUCCGGCAGCGGCCAACGCAAGAAAAAACACGAACCGGAACGAUUCAGCAAGCGCAUCCGACGACAGGAGAGUCCCACCUUGCACGAUGGCGCGGCUGGUGCCGAUCCGUCCCACUUCCUGGUGGCCAUGCCCGAUCCGGCGGGUAACGGUCUGCUGGAGGAGAUCAUCACGUCCGACGGGCAGCAGCUGGUCAUCAAUCCGGCGAAGCAGCUGCAGCGAUGCCAGUACUGUCGCAAGAAGAUGAAGAAGCCGUACAAACACCGCAACGGCAAGUGCAUGGAGACAAAGAAGAUGCCGGCGAGGCCACGGUGUCCGUACUGUCACAUUGUCUUUGUGCGGAGUUCGAGCAUUCCGUUGCACGUGCAGAAUAGCUGUCGCGUGUACCGCGAGCUUUGUGCCACCAGCCAGGAACUUCCGGAUCCUAAUGAACCGGUUGAAGAACUGGAAACCGAGGAGGUCGCACCUCCGCAACCACCUUCGGUCAGGGUGAAAAACAACUCCAAGACCGUCGACGUGAAGCCCAUCCUGCAAAAGUCCAAACCGAAAUCGAGUCUCAUCUGCCGGUACUGUUACAUGUCCUUCGGGAAGCGCGCAGCUCUCAUCAAGCACCAGCGCGACCGGUGCCGGGUACUGAACGAGCUGGACGUCGAGCGGUUGACCUCGAAUCUGGCCGCGCUGGAAACGUCCAUUGCCGAUACGACGACGACCGCCCAGGAACCGGAACCGGAGCCAGAACGCGAAAAGGUCCAAGACGCUGACGACGCGGAAGAGACGACCUGCGUGUACUGCACGCAACUCGUCAGCAGGAAGACUCGCUUCCAGCAUCACAACGGCCGGUGCGUGCUCGGACGGGCCAACGCAGACCAUCCGUGUCCGUACUGCGAUUCGGCGUACGCGUCCCGGAGCAACCUGCUGCGGCAUCAGCGCGAGCACUGCCAAAAGUAUCGCGAGGAGCACAACACGGACAUCACCCUUACAAACGCCUUCCAAGGCUUGCCAGUGGAAGGGGACACGUCGCUGGACGAAACCGGUCCCAAGACUGUCGCAGAAGCCAGUUCCGCUGCCAAACCGGAAAGGAAACCAAAACCGCCAAAGGAGGAGGUCGUCUACGUCAAGCGAAAGAAACUCAAGCAAGUCACGACUCCGACGACUCCGACGACCAAGCCAACCAAGCGAACUCCCCCCGAACCGGCCAACUUUGUGUGCAGCUACUGCCGGAAGGGAUUCGCCCUGCGGGACACGCUGAUCGAGCACCAGCGAUCGUGCACCGCCCGGAAGCUGCACAAGCAGGUCAAGUGUCAGUUCUGCGGAAUGGUAAUCUCGAAUCGUGGGAAUCUGCGCAAGCACCAAAAGUUGUACUGCAAGCAUGCCCCUCGAGAAGACGCUCCAAAGCUGGAGCAUUCGGAAGACGAGCAAGAGACGGUUCCAGAGCUUAAGAAACCCAAAAUCGUCAAACCGCUCAAGAAAGUCAAGAAGGAGAAAGCGUCCAACGGACCUCCGGCGGAGGUCGACCAAUCGACCAAAGAGGACCCCCCUCCCGAAGAAAUCGCCCCACCCGCCAGCGACGAUGAACCCGUUCUAAAGAGGAGGCCGGGCCGACCGGGCAAGCACAACCAGAUCCCCUGUCCGCACUGCGACAAGACGUUCCAGAACCAUCGCCAGCUGCGCAACCACGUGCGCGUCUGCGCCAAAAGUCGCAAAAUGUACAAAUGCAAGUACUGUCCGGCGGAGUUUACCCACCCGAGCAACAUGAGCCGCCACAUCCGGCUCAAGCGGUGCACGGCGGUGAACACGCUCAACGAAACUGUCGAGAACGGAUUCCAGUCGGACAGCUGCAACCUGCUUAGUUCAACGGUGCACGAGCCGGACCCGCUAGUGGACCCGCCGGCCGACGAAGACUUUGAGAUGAUUCUGCCGGAAUGUAGUCAGGAGGAGGAGCAGGCCAUCCGGCCAGAGCUUGUAGAGAAUAACAAUGCGACCCCCCAACGGGAGGUCAAAGAACCGGACGUCGCAGAAGCAGACGAGUUGGUACAUCCGGAGGCGAUUCUCUACAGCGAGGAGAUCGAACUGCAGCAGGAGCAACCUUCGGCGGCAGAGGUCCAACCGGAACUGACCGCGGCCACAUUGGGCGCGGAGCAGGAGCAGGCUGGCCAGUAAUUGGAACGGAACAGGGACAGAGGGACGGUUACCAAGCAUUUCUGUGUGUGUCAUUUUAUGCUAUAGGAAAGAUACGAAAUCUAUAAUAUAGUGCAAGUCCAGAGAAUAAUUUUGUAAAUGGAAUUUACAAAACAAAACACGUUUAGACAGACAGCAGUGAUCAAGAGUACCAAGUAUUGAGACAAUUGUUAAGUCGUACAGUUUCGUAUAUAAUAAAAUUUGGGGAAAUUCAUGAACAUGUGUGUAAAA